AUGAACGGACAGGCGAAAAGCGGGCAGGGGAGGCGGGCGAGCCCCACCAGGGUCGAGCGAGCCACGGACGGAGAGGCGGAAAAGAAAGAGUUCUGCCUCUUCUACAUCUGCGAGCUGCUCAACGUGAUUUACUCAACCUACAAAAGCGGCAAGCCCAUGUACGUGCAUUUUGUGUGUUCCAAGGAGCAAGGGGGCGACAGCGAGGGGGAGAGCGAGCGGGAAGGCGGCACAGGAGAAGGCGGCAGAGGUGGAAGCGGUAGAAGUGGAAGCGGUAGAAGUGGAAGCGGUAGCAAAGGAGAAAGCGGCAGAAGUGGAAGCGGUAGCAAAGGAGAAAGCGGCAGAAGUGGAAGCGGUAGCAAAGGAGAAAGCGGCAGAAGUGGAAGCGGUAGCAAAGGAGAAAGCGGCAGAAGUGGAAGCGGUAGCAAAGGAGAAAGCGGCAGAAGUGGAAGCGGUAGCAAAGGAGAAAGCGGCAGAAGUGGAAGCGGUAGCAAAGGAGAAAGCGGCAGAAGUGGAAGCGGUAGCAAAGGAGAAAGCGGCAGAAGUGGAAGCGGUAGCAAAGGAGAAAGCGGCAGAAGUGGAAGCGGUAGCAAAGGAGAAAGCGGCAGAAGUGGAAGCGGUAGCAAAGGAGAAAGCGGCAGAAGUGGAAGCGGUAGCAAACAUGAGGAUACAAACACAGAUGAAGGAACACACAAACGUGAUGGUGCACACACACGCGGAGGCAGAAACGCCGCCGGGAGGAACGGCUUCCACUACACCCCCAAGUCGGUGCUGGAGCAGUACUUCCCCGACCACUUUAAGGACGUGCAUUUCCUCUGUGCCCAUUAUGCCAUGUGGGCCAAUCAGCCAAGCGGUGGGGACAGCAGAGGGGAUUCGCCCCCCAGGGCCAACUCCAACGAUGCGGCAAGCAAACAAAAAAGAAGGGGCUUCACCGAAAGUGGUGCUGAGCAAGCGAACGCAGCUUAUCGAAAGGAGGAGGAAACGAUGACGACCACUACCACCACCAACACCACCAACACCACCAACACCACGACCUUCUAUUUCAUCUUCACCUUCUACAUGCAGCCGAACUUUUUAUGGGAAGAAAUUAACAUCCCCAUAUUUCACGAUCGGGGCUACAUAGAGUGCAGAUUCGAGUGCGUUAGCAACUUGAUGAAGCUGACUGACGUGGGGAAUUUGGCCGCCCGCGUUAAGUUGGGCACCAGCAAUCAGACGCUCAUUCAGUGCAUUCGGGGGGGCGAGGGAAGUGCAUACGAAGGUGUGCUCAACGGGGGCAACCCAGAUAGGGACCUUCUCAAUGGGGGUCUCCUCAAUGGGGGCCUCCUCAAUGGGGGCCUCCUCAAUGGAGGUAACGCAGAUAGAAGCCUCCCCAACGGGGGCAACCCAGAUAGGAGCCUCCUCAAUGGAGCCAACUCCACCAACCGGCGAAGGGGAGAUGUGCACCUCCUCCCCUUUUUCAUCUCGAGCCACUUCUUACGCAAAAAUUGCCAAGUGUGCCUCACCAGAGUGAUCAGCUUUAACGAUAGGGGGGUGUACUGCAAGAGGGACCAGGGGGACGACCUCCCUGUGCAGCUGCUCCUCCUCGUUCGGAAGAGGCUCUAUAAAAGGUUGAAGAGUAUAGAGAGGGAGGCCGCCCUGGUGUGCCACCUGAGGAGGAGGGAGACGAAGGGGGGCAACUACCCAAGGGGGGACUACCCAAAGGGAGAGUACCCAAAGGGGGACUCGGCCAAGUUCCUUCUCCCCAAAGAGGGCCCACGGAAGAAGAGCUCAGACAUUUCUGCCUCCAUCCGAAGUGACGAAAAUUCAGACGGCGCCGCCCGAACGAGUGGCAGCAGGAGAGGGGACCUCCAAGUCGAUCGCCCCAAGGGAAAGCACGCGAGGGACAACCUGGCGGGGGUCGACUACGAUGAGAUUCAAAAGCUGAUCAGUUGCGCAGAAACGAUUUUCAAGAGGAAGAUCUCCGACCAGCAGCUGGAGAAGUUGCUCCUGCGGAUGCGCAGCAGGAGGAAUUCCCAGGGUGAGGCAACUCGGGGGAGUCUCUCCCACCUGGCCAGCGCCGCUAACCUCGCCAACAUCGCAAACUUCUCGAACGUGGCGAACGUGGCCAAGGUGGCCAACCUCUCCAGUGCCGCCAAUCUGGCCAACCUGGCCAACCUGGCCACGCCUGAGGGGGGCCUCUCACCCAGCAGGGGGAACUUCCCAACGGACGAAGCCAUGGACGGGCACCUGGGCCUGGACGACUACUACGAAUUCGUUCGCUCCAGCAAAAGUGAAUUAAAAAACACGUUGCGAGAUCCGUGGCAGCUCGGCAUUGAUGUUAACAAGACGAGCAAAAAGAACAAAUUUGUCUAA